GCAAUGCCAGCUGUCAAUCCGAUUUACAUUAUUCAGGGAGAGGUCUACGGCCUGCUAUCUCAUCUCAAGCUCAAUUCAAGAUGGUCUAACCAGUAUCAGUCCUUGGUGCCAGAGAAUGCUAUUCUCCGAUCACUAAAGAACUUGGCCAACAUACUUCACAAUGAAUCAGAUACUUGCACCUAUUUAGAGCCAUUCCUAUUGGUUAUACGAUCAGCAGAGACAAGCGGUCCUAUCACUGGCACUGCUUUGACCUCUGUAAACAAAUUUCUUACACAGUUCAUAGAUACAGAGUCAAUCAAUGCUCCAAAGGCAAUAAGAUUGAUAGCAGAGUCAGUAUCACAUUGCCGAUUCGAAGAGACUGACUCAAGGAGUGAUGAGGUCGUGUUGAUGAAGAUAUGUCAGGUGCUGUCAUCCUGUGUGAGAAACACAGCAGGCAUUUACCUUUCGAACGAACUGAUCUACGAGACGAUGCAUACAUGCUAUUUGAUGACCGAUCGACCUCGCUCAUCAGAACUCUUGAAAAAGACAGCCGAAAGCGCACUUCAAGAUAUCGUCGUCACUGUCUUUCAACACUACAACGUGUUUACUGCUCCUCCAACGCCUCCACCACCCCCUCCUCCAUCCAUCAUUACAGACAAGCCCUACGAUGAAACAGUACUGACAAAGAUCUUCUCAUUCUUUGUGGGCAACAUCAAUCCAGCGACAAUAGAUAAUGAUAUGAUCAGAUUGCUUUCCUUGAACACAAUCAACAUCAUCGUCCAGAUGAAGGGCCAACAACUGGAAGCAACACAAGACAUUUUGGCCAUCAUCAAAGACAAACUCUUGAAGCUAUUAUUGCUCAAUCUCCAAGCGAGAAACAUUCCAGUAUUCUCACUGACGAUGAGGAUCUUUUUCAACCUGUUUGUUGCCCUGCGACAAAAUCUAAAGGCACAGUUUGAAGAGUUCUUCCACGUGUUGCUCAAAUCGAUCGUGGACAACAGACACAUGUUUGAGCUACAGGAGCUGGCACUCGAAGGACUGCGAGAUUUCUGUAAACUUCCAUUGGCCAUGGUGGAGUUGUUCAUCAACUAUGACUGCGAACUAUACAGUGGCAAUGUGUUUGAGCUGUUGUGCAAGACACUCUACAAGCAUUCCUUCCCAUUGUCUGGCCAAUUGAACACAUUGCAUAUGCUCUCUCUAGAGAACCUGUUGUCCAUCGUCCAGUCAAUAGACGAUCGUUCCAAGUAUCCCAAGUAUAUUCAACACUCUCUUCAUCCAGUGGCUCAUCAACUCGAGCAUAUGCACAGAAAGAAGUAUAAGCAACAGAUGCUUGUUGCUGCCGAGCACUUUAACCGACGUCCAAACGAUGCAUUCGACUAUCUCAUAGAGAACAAUAUAUAUCCAGUGAUGAACGCAACCAAUAUUGCCAAGUUCCUACUGGAGACACCAAAGCUCAACAAGGUCAAGGUGGGUGAAUACCUUGGAAAGAGAUCAAACAAUGAGGUACUUUCCUCGUACAUGAACUACUUCAAUGAGAAGUACCCAUCAUUCAUGUUAUCGUUCAGGAACUUUCUUGAGAGCUUCAAGAUCUCUGGAGAGGCCGCCGUCGUAGAGUUCACAUUUGAUAUGUUUGCAAGCAAGGCCUAUGCUCAACUGGUAGAGAGGGGAGACAACACCUUCAAGGAUGCCGAUCAAAUUUGUGUCUACCUCUAUUCCGGUCUCAUGCUGCACACUUCCACAUUCAACCAAAAUGUCACACAAUGUAUCAGGAGAUGUCCAGCUCAGAGCUUUUCACUGAUGAGGACUCAUCCUCUCCAGGAACAAUCACCAAUGCAUCAUGGAGAUACACUUUGA